AUGAAUUUAUCACGGAACCUGUAUGUAGCCGACCUCUUUAGCACGUUUCGCAGUUCUAAACGUAUAUGGUUUCAACUUAAGCUCCUCCCUUGCGUAAUACUUUGCAACAAGGGCUGUUUGACAAGGACAGUGGCUCAUGUAAAUCAGGCCGUUUUGGACAGCGUUGAAAACGAAUGGAAACGUAAACUUAGCAAUAUUAAAGAUAGAGGAAAUGCUAUAUUUGUGCUGGGACCAAUGGGCGCAGGAAAAUCUACAACCAUUGAAAAUUACUUUAAAAAUCACACCGAGUUUAAAAGCUUUGCCUAUGUGGAUACUGAUGAAAUAAUGGGUGCCAUAGACGCCUUCACUGCAGAUAGGGUGGAUGUCUACUAUCCCCUUGCGAGAAAGAUUGCGAUUAGUUUGACGGAUUGGAUUUUGAUGCAGAACAUUAGUUUUGUUGCAGAAGGCACUUGCGUCAAGUAUGAGGAAUUGAUAGAAUAUAUGGAACGAUUAAAAGAUACUGGUUAUAGCAUUCAUGUUAAUCGUCUCCCACCUGUCCCGCUUGCUGAGAUCCUACACCGUUCAAAGCAUCGAAAGAAUAGAAUUAUCCCGGACGAUGUUGUCGCCUCGAUAUAUGCCAAUGCAACAAUCGGUUUGAAUAAAUUAUAUGAAUACAACAAGAAAGUUGAUUAUAAAUUGUUCAAUGAUUUAGAUAUCUUGCCAGGGUCACGAAAGAAUAAUAAUAAACAUGCAAAGCCAUGCAGCGCAAGCCAAUAA